UAACUGUGACAUAGGUAGUUUAUUUCGUACCAAACGUUUCCCAGUACCUACCAAACGGGUUGAAAGGUUACACCAUGGCUUGUUUUGUCAAGAUGUUUUUCCUGGUUGCCCUGGUCGCCAGUAUCGAAGGAUCAUCAGUCAAGAAGGCAACCUCUCCACCGCACUGCACGCAGAUAACUAAAGAUACGGACUACCUUUCUCGUUUCAAAUUUGACUAUCCUUCGGCGUACCUUAUACCCGGCCAGCGGGAAGCCUAUCAACAGCUACACUGCAUAAGCCCGCCAGCAGUGAACAAAGGCGUCACGGUGGUAUGCGACUGGGCCGCGCCUCCUCAAGUCGAAUUCACUCUUGGCGACGAUUACGUGCAUGUGGUUCGCCAGGACCCUUCCGGCCGUUACCAGGGCAACGCUGUCAUCACCACCUACCAGCUGUGCAACCACAACCUACCCCCACAUGUCACCAAUGAAACCGGCAUGGCCCCAUACGCCUACGAAUAUAAUCCUUAAUUUGUUUGAUAAAUAGUCUAUCAAUACAAAUGAUUAAAAACGUAA